CGAGCCCGGGCGCCGGCGGGUGGCCGCUGCGUCUGACCGAGCCGCCGGCCGAGGCUCCGCGCCCGUGCAGCGCGCGGCCGGCAUGGCGGCGCCGAGGAGCCCCCCGCGGGCGCGGGAGCAGGAACGGCCUCGCGCCUCCGCCGCAGGAAGUGACCAGGUUCAUCACUGGAUACUACUUACAAGCCAAGCCUUGGGUACCAUCUGGAGACUAGGAAAGGGCUCCGUGAUGUUGGCAGUUUCAUUUCUGGGGGCCGCCCUCUGCUACUUCAGGAGGCUACAUUUAUACUUAGGGCAUCGGCUGAAAUGGUGGAUUGGAUAUCUGCAGAGAAAAUUCAAAAGGAACCUCAGUGUGGAGGCAGAAGUUGAUUUACUCAGUUAUUGUGCAAGAGAAUGGAAAGGAGAAACACCUCGUGCCAAGUUGAUGAGGAAGGCUUAUGAAGAGCUAUUUUGGCGGUAUCAUAUUAAAUGUGUUCGACAAGUCAAGAGAGAUAACUAUGAUGCUCUCAGAUCAGUGUUAUUUCAGAUAUUCAGCCGGGGCAUCUCCUUUCCAUCAUGGAUGAAAGAAAAAGACAUUGUUAAGCUUCCUGAAAAACUGCUGUUUUCACAAGGGUGUAAUUGGAUUCAGCAGUACAGUUUUGGUCCUGAGAAGUAUACGGGUUCAAAUGUGUUUGGGAAGUUACGUAAAUGUGUGGAAUUAUUGAAAACACAGUGGACUGAAUUUAAUGGAAUUAAAGAUUAUCACAAGAGAGGUUGUAUGUGCAACAUCCUUUUUUCUGAUGCCAUUCUGGAAUAUAAACUUUAUGAAGCUUUAAAGUUCAUCAUGCUAUAUCAAGUCACUGAAGUUUAUGAGCAAAUGAAGACGAAAAAGGUCAUUCCCAGUCUUUUUAGACUCUUGUUUGCCAGGGAGACAUCAUCGGAUCCUUUGAGCUUCAUGAUGAAUCACCUGAAUUCUGUGGGCGACACGUGUGGACUAGAGCAGAUUGAUAUGUUUAUACUUGGAUACUCCCUUGAAGUAAAGAUAAAAGUGUUCAGACUGUUCAAGUUUAACUCCAGGGACUUUGAAGUCUGCUACCCAGAGGAGCCUCUCAGGGAGUGGCCAGAGAUCUCCCUGCUGACGGAGAACGACCGCCACUACCACAUUCCUGUCUUUUAAGUCUGCUGGGGCCAGGUGCCCGCACUGGCCAGUGGCAGUGGUCACACUUGAAAGUAAAGUAUUUCUCUAAAACCAAAGCUACCGUUUCAGCCAUGGAAGGAAUUAGGACCUUUUUCUCCACAGUCACAGGUAUACUGCAGGGAACAACGCACGGAUGGUUUGCCUUUAUUUUUCAGUGAUUUCCUCCAAAGCAGCUGCACUGAAACGUUUGGGGGUUGGUCAUUGGACCUUGUCCAAAAGGGAUCUGGUCACUUGACAUGAUGGCAGGCCUUUGAGAGCACAAGGAAGUUUAAUAUGGACAACAGGAGGAAAGCAAGAAGAAAGCAAGUAGGGAAAAACAGCUAACAUGGAGAGAAUUUAUCCUUUACGUUCUUCAUUAAAAAUCUUAUUUUUGACUGAUUUUAGAUCAUCAUAAACAUGGGCUUAUUUCAUAAGCAUUACCUUCCCAGGAGUCUUUGUUGUAUAUUAAUUUUCUAGAACUACUUGAUUAACUUCAAAAUUAUGUGUAUGUGUGUAUAUAUACAUAUAUGUUUACAAAAACACAUGUAUACAUGUAUAGUUUCUAUAUAUACACAUACAUGUAGACACACAAAUAACCACUACUUUGUAAUGUUGUGCAGUUUGUUUUAGAUCUCUUUACAUUUUUUUGUUACUGCUGUAUCUGGCCAGCUUAAUAGGUUUUAUUUAGACAAAAAUAAAUAAAUUCCGUAGAUUAAAGCAACUGAAUGACAGUUAUUGAACUGUUGGAAAAAUAUUAAACUGUGGUCUAUUUAAUGUGUA